AUGUCUAAAGUUUUCUUUGAAGUCACCUCUGACGGUAAGCCACUCGGUAAGAUCACCUUCCAAUUGUACAACGAUGUUGUCCCAAAGACUGCUGAGAACUUCAGAGCCUUGUGUACUGGUGAGAAGGGCUUUGGCUACAAGGGCUCUCCAUUCCACAGAGUGAUCCCAGACUUCAUGUUGCAAGGUGGUGACUUCACCAGAGGUAACGGUACCGGUGGUAAGUCCAUCUACGGCGAGAAGUUUGCCGACGAGAACUUUGCUAAGAGACACGACAGACCAGGUUUGUUGUCCAUGGCCAACGCUGGUCCAAACACCAACGGCUCCCAGUUCUUCAUCACCACCGUCCCAUGCCCAUGGUUGGAUGGCAAGCACGUUGUCUUUGGUGAGGUUAUUGACGGUCUUGACGUUGUCAAGAAGAUUGAGUCUCUCGGUUCCCAAUCCGGUGCCACCAAGACCAAGCUCAUCGUCUCCGACUCUGGUGAGUUGUAA